GUCACAACGCUUUAUGUCUGGUUUACGGCAGAAAUUGGCGCACGUUACUGGACAUUUAGAGAAUUGUCCCGAGCAUGUCGAAUCCUAGACAGUUGCUAUGGAAGGCCAGAAUGGCUAUUCCAGCCAAUCGAUACAAACGUGGUCCCGUGGCAGUGACUAAGAAACCGAUUUUGGAUGAUCGUGUCUCGAGCAAAAAAAGCGAAACCGGCUCUGCACCCUGUAUAGAAGAAAUGUCUGUGUUAAUGACUUGCUGGAAGAAGUUUGAUUACAUUGACUCGGACUGUAUGGAAGAAAUAACUGCAUUUCAAAAAUGUACCGCCCAAGCACAGCAAAACCGAAAAGCUAUGAUGGAAGCGAUGAAGAAAGGGGAAUCUAAAUCUAGUAAACUUACAUCAAAACAAAUAAAUAGAUUAUUGAGCCGUUACCCACAACCGAAAGUCAUAACAGAGUCAAUAGAAUGAAUUCCUGGUAUCUGAAAUGAAUGUACUGUCCUCUGGUGGUGAUAUAGAGAAAGACAUGAUGCUGUAUUUUAAUGGUGCCUCAAGUUUAGAUGAAUUUUCUUGAAACUGUUUGAUAUUGUUGUUUUGCAAUGAACAUGUUUUAGUACCCCUCCCCCUAUGUUUUUCAACUGUUUUUGUAAAUGGCUCUGAGGUGGGCGCUGUGAGAAUUGUAAAGUUAUCGAAAUAACAUCUUUGUUAUGAAUUGUAGUAAAAUUUAAUUUAAAAUUUAAUGCAGUGUACUAUCUGAGUGUAUAAGUGCUGUAUUGCAGUCAUCUAAGGUAACAUUCACCAUCAGGUUUAGGCAUUUGCAUUUUCUAUGCUCAGAUACUGCAUAUGCUGCGUACAACACACUGUACAGUGCACAUGACACACUGCGUAUGACACACUGACGAAUGUAUAGUUUCAGGUUUAUAUUAAGCACUAUCAUUUUGAAGGGCAUAUCAAAUUUGUUAUACAUAAUCCAUUUAUUUAUUGGCAGAAGACACUAAAUCAGAUUAAAAUGUUGACGUAGUUGGUGAAAAUAUGUUACAAAUGUCACUAUAAUGAGGACUGCUGCUAAAACAUUUUUUAAUUUUAUUGAACUCACAAUUCAUGAAAAUUUGUCACUUGUGAAAUCAGUUACCAUGGUUACCUGUAGAAAGAAAGAAAGAAAGAAAAGACCAUGCUUAGGCCAAAACAAAAUAGAUUUUGCUUUCAUCAUCGCACACAUCAGACCGAAACCUCUCACAUUUUGAUUUUGCAUACUAGUAAAGUGUACCACUGCAGAAUGGAGAAAUGUCCGUUUUCUGUUUAGAGAAUCUGUUGUGGAUUCAAAUCAACAUUCAAUGCAUGCACUUGAAAGCAUAAUUUGAUAAAUGUUAAACUUUUGACAUAAAUCUUUUUAUUCUAGUAUUAAAUAAACUUACUACCGGUACAAUUUUUUGUCCCGGAAGACAAUGAAACAAAAUCUUUUUUUUUUAUUGUCUUACCUGUAUGAAGCAAAGAAAGACAAACAAAAGAAAGUUUUGUAUUAAAUACAACCACAUUUUUUAUUAUAUCUUUAUGCUAAUGUGUUGAAAUUUCACAUGAGAAAAAUAAAAUCUACAAACAAAAAUA